GGAUCAAAGGUAUCCAAACUACUGGAGGAUGCCCAGAAGAACCAUUCAAAGGAGAUAAACUUGAAGGGAACGAACCUUAAACAUCUUCCAAUGGUGAUCUGCACAAACUUCCUCUAUAUUACAAAGUUGAACAUCAAUGACAAUCAGAUCAAAGAGAUACCAAUCGAUAUUUAUAAGCUGCGAUCAUUGCGCGUGCUCUGGGCCGUCAACAAUCGGCUCACAUUCAUUCCCGGCGAGAUCGGCUUGCUCACCGACCUCGAGGACUUGCAAGUGGAUGGCAACAGCAUCGUACGCGUCGACACCACCUUCUUUGAACUGCGCAAGAUCACCGAGCUGUCAUUGGCACGCAACUCACUGCGCGACGUCCCCAGCGACAUGGGCCAGCUCAUCUCACUGCGCUCACUCACACUGGAGCACAACCAGAUCACUGCACUGCCUGGCUCGCUGUCUGGCAUGUCAUCACUGCGCUCACUGAACGCAGCCAACAACGAAAUCGAGUACAUCUUUGCCGAUUUUGUCAACAUGUCACAGCUUACCAGUCUGUGCCUGUCGAGCAACAGGCUGACCACGCUGCCCGACUCGUUCGGCCGGCUCAAGACCUUGGUCAGUCUGAACCUGCGCUCGAACCGCCUGGCCACGCUGCCUCUCUCGUUUGGACAGCUCGAGAACCUGGCUUCGCUGCACCUCUGGGACAACAACUUCACGGUGUUCCCCGUGUCGCUCACCAAGUGCGUAUCGCUCACCGAGCUCAACAUGUCCAACAAUAAGCUGGCCGAUGUGCCACCCGAGAUCGCUGGCCUCGUCAACCUGCAGAAGCUCUAUCUGCAGUACAACGAGAUCGAGCACUUGCCCGUCGACAUCAAGUACCUCAGCAAGCUCAAUCACUUGCUGCUGCAUCACAAUCGUCUGGCCGCACUUCCGGCCGAGAUCUCACAGAUCAAGACGAUCGAGUCGAUCAACCUCACCGGCAACCCGUUGCCCGCGCGUCUCCUUCAGGCGGACCUCGCCACACUGCUCAAGAUCUUGCAUGGCGACUUCCUAAACCGACGCGACAGCAGCGCAAGAGUAAUCCAGCGACACUACAGAGCGUGGAAGCGACAGUAUCGCUUCAGGACCGUGGUCCUGUUGCUGAUGGAGAAGCGCAACCACGAUCGCAGCGUGUCACACGCCAGCCAGCGCGCCGCAUACCAUCGCGCCGCCAUUGUAAUACAAAGAUUCUAUCGAGCCUGUCGCAUUCGCAAAACGUGGCGCAACCUAGUGGCGCAGGUCAUGCUGCUGCAGCGAACCUCAUCGUUAGUCGCCAGCACUGGAGGCGAGGCCUCACUCAAUGCUUCAUGUGCCAGGUUCAGCUCGAUAUUUGGUUUCAACGAACCGGACCAGAACAAGAACAUUGUCUUCUACUUGCCCGACAACGCGACUGCUCCUGUCAUCAAGUCUGCCACCCUGGCCAAGCUGGUGGAACACCUCACCUACACGACCUACACUGAGGUCAACUAUCCACGCACAUUCUUUGCCACAUACACCUCAUUCGUCACGCCAAUCGAGUUGUUCCAACUGUUGUGCGUUCGCUAUCACAUCGAGCCGCCACAGAACGUGACACCAGAGGAGCUUGCCACAUUUAGAAAGACGGUGAAGCCACGCAUCCAGGAGCGAGUGAUUGAGAUGAUGGGCUUCUGGAUCAAGAACCAUCUGAACGACUUUGAAGAGGACGCCAAGUUGCUGCAGAACUUCAACAGCUUCCUGACCAACACUCUGAUGCUCGAGCAAGAGACAUCGGCGAAACGUCUAAUCGCCAUCUUCAACGAGUCCAAGAAGAAGUACUUGGAGGACGUGGAGGAGCUCGUCAAGUUGGUGGAGAGCGCACCCAAGCCCAUCCUGCCAAUGCGACUGGCCUCUGAGCGAUUAACCUUCAUGGACCUCUCACCCAUCGAGGUGGCGCGACAAAUGGCACUCAUCGAUCAGAACCUGCUACAUAGGAUAUCGGCCAAGGAGCUGCUGUCCAAGAAGUGGAGCAAUCCAGACUUGUGUCCAAACAUUCUCAAUAUGAUUCGCAUCUUCAACAAUGGCUCACAGUGGAUCACAUCAGAGAUUGUCAGCGAGAAGUCCUCUAAACAUCGUCUAAAGAAACUCAAGUUCUUCCUCGAGGUGGCCCGUCUGUGCUUUGACAUGUGCAACUUCAACGGCCUGAUGCAGAUCGUCAGUGGCCUGAGCAGCAGCGCCGUCAGCAGACUGCGAGGCACAUGGGGCGCGCUGUCCUCACGUCGUCGCGAGCAGUUUGAUGAGAUGGAGAGGAUCGUCAACAUGGAGGGCAACUUUAGACAGUAUCGAAUAUGUUUGGCGGAUGCCAAGGGUGCGUGCAUCCCAUUCGUUGGACUCUAUCUCAUGGACCUCACAUUCAUCGAUGAGGGCAACCCAACAUUGGUCGAUGGCAAUCUUCUCAACUUUGUAAAGAAGCGCAUUGAAGCCAACGCUGUCAACAAGUUCCUUUCAUACCGUCAGACACCAUAUUGUUUCGAGCCAGUGCCCUUCAUCCAAGACCUGUUGCUCAACUCUCCAACCCUCACAGAGUCCGAACAGUACGAGAGGUCAUCGGCAAUUGAGAAACGUCACAUGAGAAAGCUCAACAAACGGCUGGAUCGCGAGCGUCAACUCACAGCAACAAGCGACUCUACAGAGGAUCUUGGUGGCGUGGCCAACAUUGUUAGCGAUGACAAUCUGACGGACAAUGAAGACGCGCCACCCAUCUCACUGUCUGGUGAGCACUUCACCUCGUCCCCUGCACUCAUGAUCUCGCCCAACAAGAAUAGCAAGGUACCGUCAUUGGACUUUGUGCAGCCACUCUCUCCCAGCAAGAUCACUUCACUCUAUCACUCGAUGGACAAUGGAUCGCCACGAUUCUCACCAGCCUUCAAGAGCUCACCACGCAGCGACAGCAACAUUCUCACAGUCAACAACCUUGCCCUAUCGACGGCCUCUCCACCACCCAGUAGGUCUACGAAGUCUCCUAUGGAAUCUCCACGAUCAGGCUACGAUUCAUCGCCACCCGACUCUCCUUACCGCGAGCGAAGG